AUGUCGCGUCGGUUGCUCCGGCCGCGUCAGAGACGUUCUCGUUCGCAGGCGGCAGCGGAGCCCGUGCCAGCGGAGCCCGUGCCGGCGGCGGAGCCGGAGCCUCAGGCGCCGUCCGACGACGAGAGGGAACCCGGCGACUGGCGGCCCUCGCGCCCGGCUUCACCGCCGCAGCGUCCUGACGACAUCUCUGAGGCUUCCGAAGCGACAGCGCGUCCUAGGAACGAGCCGGCUAGCCGAUACGCUAACCUCAACUUUUGGAAGGCUAGACGAGUAACUUUCUAUAGAAAUGGGGACCCGUUCCAUCCUGGCGUGGAGUUCCGUUUCAAGCCGGGAAGAGAUCUGGCGUCGAUGGAUGCUUUGCUGGACAGAUUAUCGGAGAGAUUGGAGCUGCCGAGAGGCGCGAGGUUCAUAUUUGGAAUGGACGGCGAUAGGAAGUAUAGACUGGAGGAGCUUGAAGAUGGCGCUUCAUACGUGGUGUCUUCAUACAAAACUUUCAAGGCAGCAAGUUACGGCAAAAAGAACGGCAUGUGGUACGGUGGUACAACGCCCGCACCCGCCCCGAGCGGCUGGUCACGUGCCGGAACCCGCAAACAAUCCGUCGCGGAGUCGGACGCGCCUCCGCCGGGCGGCGGCAAACCGACCUCUGGCCGCGUUAUACGGAUUAUCAACAACAUGGACCACUCUAUACAGUGCCGUGUUUUGUUAAACCUGCGAACUACACAACCUUUCGAGGAGGUCCUGGAAGACUUAGGACAAGUACUCAAAAUGAGUGGAGCUAAACGAAUGUACACAAUUACUGGACAAGAGGUGAGAAGUUUCUCCCAACUCCGCAACGAGUUUGCGGACGUGGAGACCUUCUACCUGGGCACAGUGAUGGUGGCACCGGCCCUGAGUCCCGGAGUCAGCGCGCCGCUGCCAGUCGAGUCUCCUAUGAGAAGAUCUCGAUCCCGAGGCAACGUGGCGGCAGCCCCAGUUUCAGAUGACGCAGUGUCGGUGCGCGGCCGGCGCGCGCGCAGCAAAAGCCGGCCGAGGGUGCUGUACGCGCCUGAGGGAGAGAUCGUUCGUAAUUCAGAUUAUACCCUACUGGAAGUGCUGAAAGAAGAACCGAUCCGCGUAACCAUCCGCGGUCUCAGACGCACAUUCUACCCGCCGAUCCAUCAUGCACCUAUUGACAACACGCCACCAGAGAAGAAGCUUGCACUAGAAUGGGUCUACGGUUACCGAGGAUCCGACUGUCGCCGCAACCUCUGGGUGCUGCCCACUGGAGAGCUCCUGUACUACGUCGCGGCUGUAGCCAUAAUGUACGACCGCGAUGAGGAGUCGCAGCGGCAUUAUACGGGGCACACUGAGGAUAUACAGUGCAUGGAACUUCAUCCUUCGCGUGAACUAGUAGCGAGCGGCCAGCGCGCCGGUCGUGGUCGCCGCGCACAGGCUCACGUUCGAAUCUGGAGCACCGACACUCUACAGACACUACACGUAUUUGGGAUGGCUGAGUUUGAGGCCGGCGUGUCUGCCGUCGCAUUUUCACAACUGAACGGAGGCAGCUACGUGUUGGCCGUGGAUGCAGGCCGCGAAAGUAUCCUGUCAGUCUGGCAGUGGCAAUGGGGACAUCUGCUGGGAAAAGUUGCGACACUACAAGAAGAGCUAACCGGCGCUGCUUUCCACCCCCUGGACGACAAUCUUCUCAUCACACACGGCAAAGGACACCUAGCCUUCUGGAACCGGCGGAAAGACGGCUUCUUCGAGCGGACUGAUAUUAUUAAACCGCCCUCUCGCACACACGUGACAGCACUGCAGUUUGAGCAAGACGGCGACGUGGUCACAGCUGAUAGUGACGGGUUCAUCACUGUGUAUAGCGUCGACAGUGACGGGGCAUAUUUUGUGAGGAUGGAGUUUGAGGCUCACAUUAAGGGCAUCAGCUCCCUAGUGAUGCUAUCGGAAGGAACGCUCAUUUCUGGAGGAGAGAAGGACAGAAAGAUAGCCGCUUGGGAUUCUCUGCAAAAUUACAAGAGGAUAACUGAGACUAAGCUGCCAGAAUCCGCUGGCGGAGUACGCAGCAUCUACCCUCAGAGGCCGGGUCGCAACGAUGGCAACCUAUACGUUGGAACCACUCGCAAUAACAUCAUGGAGGGAUCAUUACAGAGACGAUUCAAUCAGGUUAUUUUUGGGCACCACAAGCAGCUCAUGGGCUUAGCCGUCCACCCUGACGACGAAAUGUUCGCGACAGCCGGACAUGAUAAGAACAUCGCCCUGUGGAGAGGACACAAACUCGUGUUUGCUACUCAGGUUGGAUACGAAUGCGUAUCUCUCGCCUGGCAUCCUGGUGGAGGGGCGCUAGCGGCCGGCAGUACAGAGGGUCAUCUGGUGGUCUUGAAUGCUGAUGCCGGUGCGCAUGUAGCCACUCUACGCGUCUGCGGAUCGCCACUUAACUGCUUGAUGUAUAACUCCGCUGGAGACCUACUCGCCAUCGGCUCCCAAAACGGCAGCAUCUACCUAUUCCGCGUCUCCCGCGACGGCUUCUCCUACAAGAAGUCCAACAAAAUCCGCGGGGCGCAACCUCUAGUGCAACUGGACUGGAGUUUGGAUGGCAACUACCUGCAGACUGUCACGGCAGACUAUGACUUGGCUUUCUGGGACAUAAAGUCGUUGUCUCCAGAAAAGAGCCCGAUCGCAAUGAAAGAUGUCAAGUGGUCCACUUUUAACUCUACUGUCGGCUUCUUGGUUUCCGGAAUGUGGAACAACAGAUUCUACCCGAUGACGUCACUGAUAUCGACUGCGAGUCGAUCAGCUGCGCACGACCUGCUGAUCAGCGGAGAUUCCGACGGAUAUCUUCGAUUGUUCAGAUACCCCUGCGCCAGCCCCAAAGCGGAAUACAACGAGAUGAAAGUGUACAGCGGCUCCGUGUACUGCGCCCGUUUCCUCUUCAACGACCGCUGCCUCGUCACGGCCGGGGGCUCCGACGCGGCCCUCAUGCUGUGGGAGCUGGUGGACGACUAGCACGAGGCGCUCCGGCCACCCGCCGUCGUGGUCGCGCCCCCCACCCCCUCCCCGCCGCUGCAGAGGUCCACCUUCAGGGUGCUGGAUUUUGAUGAACUCGAUUGAGGGAAUAAACGUCUCUGUAGUACGGAUGGCAGUCUCAAGCACCUUAUAGAUGCUCACAAGAACGGACAAAUGAAGUCUCAAACACCUCACGUCUGCUAUACGGAUGAUAAAUGAAAUUCUCAAGCACUUUACAGAUGGAACAUGUUUCCUUAUGUUGAACACGAUUCUAGAUCUGGGUUCUGAUGAACCGAAAAAUACCACAAAUAAGUUACAUCGAGAUUUUGAUAACAAGCAAUCUUGGUAAAACUGACUUUUUGUCUUUGGGCCCUUUCUAGUAAAUGGGCUGUUCGGCACGAAUUUAUUUCGGCCAUCAUACCAUUUGAAACUCUUUUGCUUGAAAUCGGAAAAGGGUCUUUGUAACUUACAAAAGUGGUAACUACUAAUAUUGAAUUCACGAUUAGCUAUUUAAGGCGCUAGGCGCUAACACACUGGCACCCAUUGCUAGUGACCGAAGUUGUCCUGGUUUGACACAAUAAUGAUUUUCACUACUUUAUGACACUUGCAAUCUGGAAUUGUACGAGAACUCUUAAUGUUACCUAUUAUGAAUUGUAUUGAAAUGGAAUUGAAUUUCAUGAAAAAUUGAAAUUCAUGACAUACCCUAGUAUUGGGGAGAUUUUAUCUAUUAUGAAAUGAAUGUAUUUACCUACAUAAGUCACUGCCAUUUCUAAAUUGCAUUAAACUAUGGAAUAACGUGUAGGUAAAUGAAGCAAUCUUCAAAAAAUAACUUUAGUAUAAAUUUCAAAAAUAUUAUAUAUUUGAUUCGAAUAUGUCUAAGCUAAUUCUGCAGCCCCUGACAAACGAAGUAUCGUGACAUUGUAAACGUCGUACUUUGCUAGUGAAAUUUAUGAUGACACCGCCAUAUUGUUUCAUCAUAAACGCCAUGCAGAAUUAGCUUGGUCCGAUUCUAAACCUUGAUUCAAUUGAAGUUGUAGGAUACUAUUUAUUGACAGUCAAAUUGUCUUGAAAUAUGUACGUAGUCUAGAACUACAGUUGAGAAGAGCUGGCACGAAUGGAACGAAUACUAUACAUACAUAUAAUCACGCCUGUAUCCCAUAAAGGGGUAGGCAGAGCACAUGAACUACUAAGUUUCAGCGCCACUCUUGGCAAAAAGGGGUUGAAAGAAAUCCAAAUUGUGACAUUGCAGUGACAGGUUGCCAGUCUCUCGCCUACGCCACAAUUUAAUCCAUGGAACGAAUAAGUGAAUGAAAAUACAGAUUCAGUGCGAACAGAUUUGCCUUAGUAUUGUUACAGAAACGAACGAACGUGUCAUGCUAUUUCAGUCAGUCUCAGUACAAGAUGUACUCACAUUGACUGAACUAGCGUGGCAAAUACGAACGUUACCGGAUAAAUUAAACCCUUAACCCUUUUCGCACUGCAUCUGUACGCGCGUCUGACAGAUUAACUAAUAAAAUUAUUAUUAUUACUAAUAAAAUGGUAGCUCCAUUCGUGCACCUUUCGUGAAACGAUCUAUGCAGCAUUGAGUUUAGGACAUA